ACAAUUAUAAGUUUACAGCAAUACAAACAAGUUAAUUUGUUCAUGACACAAGUUCAUGUUUCAAAUCUAGUCAAGCCACUAGCCAAUCUAACAAUUCAACAAAUGAAAAUUGAGCAGUAAAAAUCUAAUAGAUGAUUUUAUAAAUAAUUUAACAAAAUUGGAUGUGAGUUUAAGCUUGACCUGUUUGUCAAAUAGGCCAAGCCAUUAGCCACCUAAUCAGCCUAUGGCUUAUUUCCACCCAUGGCUAGCAGCUACAUUGUGAUGAUGGCUUCCAUCUUUCAAACAAUCACUGAACAUACUAGCAAAUAACUAACCUCAUUGCCUUAAAUAUGAUUGGGCUUGUUCAGGAGUCACACAGAGAUGGUGAAGAGAUUCAUGGUGUGGACUUACUGGGAAGGUGAACCCCCCUUGGUGCAUGAAGGUCCUACAGAAUCAAUUUAUGGCAUAGAAGGAUACUUCAUGCAAGAAGUUGAGAAAGGGAAUACCUCAUUCUCUGCUUCUCAUCCAGAUGAAGCCCAUGUCUUCUUCUUACCCAUCAGUGUAAGCAACAUUGUGAGCCGCCUGUACCGACCUCUGGUCACCUAUGCUCGAGAUUUACUUGUCACAACAGUCAAUAAUUAUACCCACCUUAUAUCACAUAAACACCCAUUCUGGAAUAGAACCAAUGGAGCUGACCAUUUGCUGCUCUCUUGUCAUGACUGGGCACCAGAUAUCUCAAAGGAGAACCCAGAUAAGCAAUUGUACAAGAACAUAAUAAGAGCAUUAUGCAACGCCAACAAAUCAGAGCAGUUCAAUCCUUCAAAAGAUGUAUCCAUACCUGAAAUCAACUUGCGAGCCAGUGAAUCCAGCCAUCCUCGCCAAGGCCAACACCCACAGAAUCGCUCCGUCCUCGCUUUCUUCGCCGGUGGGAUCCAUGGGAGCAUCAGAGAAACGCUAAUCCAGACCUGGAAGGGCAAAGACAAACAACUCCAAGUGUACGAACAACUUCCUCCAAAUCUCAACUACUUGGAAAUGAUGGAGCGAAGCAAGUUCUGCUUGUGCCCCAGCGGAUUCGAGGUCGCGAGUCCGAGGACCGUGGAGGCCAUCUAUGCCGGUUGCGUCCCUGUGAUAAUCGCCGACGCCUACGAACCGCCGUUUUCGGAUGUCCUUGAUUGGAGCAAGUUUUCGGUGCGCAUUCCGUCGGAGAAGAUAUGGGAAUUGAAGAAAGUAUUGCAGAGUGUGGAGGAAGGGAAGUAUCUGAGAAUGCAGAGAAGGGUGAUUCAGGUGCAGAGACACUUUGAGGUGAAUCGACCCGCUAAGGCCUAUGAUGUGUUUCAUAUGAUUCUUCACUCUGUGUGGCUUCGACGGAUCAAUAUAUCGUCGAUUCGAGCGUGAAUGGAGAAUGAUGGAAUUGGAAGCAG